AUGGCAAACUCGCCCAGCACCAAUAAAACUAACUGGCAAGCCUUCAUGUCAUCUAUCUCUGGAAAUGAUACGAUUCCGGAUCGAUUUUCCUGGCACCAGAUCGGGUCCUGGCAGCGCGAGCCUGAUGUUACAGUACCUGCUUUCGACUCUUUACGGGAGACUUAUUCCGUCGCAGAGAAGCCAAUCGAUGUCAAUGAGUAUGGUUGGCCCUCGGAGCAGAACCCCGCUAACUCAAUCUACUAUUUAUCGCAAUUUGAACGUCACGAUAUUCGAGCCCUGCGUGCCAAUUGGGGUGGUGGUUCAAACUUGCACAAUUACCUGGCCAGCUUGAUCUACACGAGUGAUUCAGGGUAUUAUCCUAAUGGUGAUUGGCAGCUUUAUAAAUAUUAUGGAGGAAUGGUAGGUGAUCGAAUCUCAACUACUGCAUCUUCAGACCUAUUAUUCGAUGCCUUUGCUGUUUUAUCGGAUGCAAAACUUCUCAAAAUUAUAGCCGGUACCAGAACUGUCCAGGUCUCCUACGAUCCCAUCAUCACUGGAUUCAGCGAACAUGGUCUUGCCACCGAGGGUACGCUUGAUGUUCGAAGUUACCAAUUUGAUUUCAGUGGCUCUGAGGUAGAGGUCGGCAGCCAGGUUGACCUGGGCAAGACUUCCUACCUAGGUAUGCCUAUUCCUCAGAUGCAGUAA